AUGUAUUGUGCUAAAGCAGGAUAUCACACUCAAGUAGAUGUAGUCGAUGACGAAUUCGAAGUAGACCCUUGUAUGUUGCCGCACUACUGCAUUUCUAAGAAGUGUAAAGCGAACUAUGUGCAACGCUUUAUGUACGAAAACCUCCAGAAGAUCCGAGGCGAUCCUCAUUUCGAAGAUGCAGUGGUUAGAAAAAUUUGGCAGGAUAUGCUUGACGCUCUCCCCCUCCUGCAGUACUACACUAGAGAAGAAGUCGAAGAAAUUAUGGACGAAUUUUAUGAUAUUGGUUACACCAAGAGAAGAAGAACGAUAGCCAAGGCUGUGCAAAGUCAUGAUUUACCGAAGGCUACUCUCGAAAACAGCCCGACAAUCUGA